AUGCCGAUGCAAUUGAGCGCGUACUACAGGGGUAGUACGGUGAGGGUGACCAAGACAAAGAUCUGUCAGGCAAGCAAGUAUCAAGAUGAACCACCAAAUGCAUUUGAUAGAUUUAAAGACUUGCACUACAGCAAAAAGAAGGGGUUUACUACUACAGUUCAAUCUGCUAUUGUUGAAAUGGAGGACAAGAUAAAUGCUCCUGUACAGGAUGGUGAGGAACCUAAGGAUGUGGCUGAUAUUGUCCAUGAGGUUCUUGCUCAGAAGACUAAGAAGAACAAGUUUCUGGUAAAUGUGGGAUUGAAAAGGUCAUCAGCUACUGAGGACUACGCCGAAAGUCAGCAUGAGUUGCAAGCUGAACUGCUGCAGGAGAAGCAGACCACAAGUGAGCUUAAGAAGGUUGUGAAGGCUCAGCAAAUGCAGAUGGAUGAAAUGAUGAAGAAGUUCCAGGAAGGUGAAAUAGCAAGGGCUAAACAGGAUGAGGAGUACAAGAAAAAGCAAGAUGAGACAAAUGCACUGAUUAGGGGUCUCAUGUCCAUGAUCCCAGCAAGUCAACCAACAAGGUAAAGUUGUGUUUGGCUUACCAGCUGCAGCACCGUGGUUUGUCUUUUGAGGGUCCAUGGCAACUGGUACUUUUGGUUACUUGACGGGUACUGUUGGUGUGUGAACCUAUGCCAUGUCGACAUGUGUGGUGUGAAUUUUUGCAAUCUGUUGGCCUAUGUGGUGCCUAAACUUUUGGCAAUUAAUUCUGCAGCUAGUUGACCUCAAAUGCUAUUUGUACUUAUGCCAUUUGGUGUGGCAAUCUUUAAAUGUAGCAGAUUUGUGCUGAUCUGUUUAAAUGUAAUUGAUCUAUGAUGAUGAUCGGUGACUUGUAUUGGCAAUGGGACCACUAUCCAUAUAUAAAUAUAUUUAUAUGUCAUUGCUAUA